UCAGUACACAGACGUCGACGCUCGCAGACGCGCGCGGACUGCACUCUGGGAAACUUUUCAUCAAACUUUCUACACAUGGAAGUGGCGGAAGCCCUGGACUAGAGGAAGAGAUGGAGGCAGACUCUCUGGACCUGAGCCACCUGACGGAGGAGGAGCAGUCCUCCAUCCUGCACGUCCUGCAGCGAGACUUGGAGUUGCGUCGCCGUGACGAAGGACGUGUAAGGAAUCUCGAGAAGACAGAGACCGAUCCGGCACGUCUGCGCUUCCUGUCCGGGGCGUGGUUCAGCGAGGAGCGCAGCAAGCGCCAUCGCCAGCGGCUGUCGGCCUUUGAGAUCGUGCACGCCACCAUCCGCCACAGGAGGACGAAGAGCAGAGAUGUACCCUUGAAUGAACUGUUCAAUGGCGAGAGAGAGGAGACCUCCAACAACAACACUCCUCCUGAGGUAGCAGAAAGACUGAAGGUCAGCGAGAAGGACAGAGUGAAGGACUACAGGGAGGAGGAGGAUGGAGGGAGUCAAGGAAAUUUAAAAAUCACAUAUUCGCCCAGAACUAAAAGUCCAGGACCGCAGAGUCAUCAGGGUCGUAAUAGAUCCUCUUCCUCCAAAGAUAUUGAAAGAAGAAGCAAUGGCCACUUAGAGGAUCCGGAGGAGAAGUUGACUGACAGCUACAACGGGGACACUGACUCUUUGAGCAGCUGCGUGACGGAGCCGGAUCCAGUCUCCCUCCGAACCAGCAGCUCCACCAGCAGCAUCAAUUCGGGCUACGUGCUCAGUGGAAGCAUGAUGAGUCUGUUCAGCUCGGGGGACUUCGGAGUGGUGGAGGUGAGGGGCCGUAUUCAGUACUCAUUGGUUUACGACACCCAGAAGGAGGAGCUGCAAGUGAAAGUGUACUGCUGCGAGGACAUUGCUUCAGCACGCAAGAACCGCUCUGACCCAUAUGUCAAAACCUAUCUACUGCCAGACAAGUCGAGUCACAGUAAGAAGAAGACCUCUGUAAAGAAGAAGACAUUAAACCCAGUCUAUGAGCAGACGCUCCGAUACAAAGUGAGGACUGGGGAGCUGCGGAGUCGAACUCUGAACCUCUCCGUGUGGCACGCCGAGCCCCUGGGGAGGAAUGUAUUCCUGGGGGAGGUGGAGGUGGCACUGGGGCAGUGGGACUGGGCGAACACGCAGCCAGUGUGGCACAACCUGCAGCCACGGAUUUAUCUGAGCCCAGACUCCAUCAGCAGUCGGGGGAACAUCAUGUUAUCUAUUAAGUUCAUCCCAGAUGGAUUUGAGGGUGAUGGUCUGCCUCUGACAGGAGAGCUUCACAUCUGGCUUCGGGAGGCUCAGAGUCUCCUGUCGAAUAAAGGAGGCACUAUCGACUCCUUCGUUAGGAGCUAUAUUCUCCCGGAUGCGAGCCGACAGAGUGGUCAGAAGACCCGGGUGGUGAAGCGCUCCUUCAGCCCCACCUACAACCACACCAUGGUGUACGACGGCUUCCACACCAGCGACCUGAGGGAAGCCUGCGCCGAGAUCACAGUCUGGCAACGCGAGGGCCUGAAGACGCACCCUCUCGGGGGAAUACGUCUGAGCUGUGGAACCGGUCGGAGUUACGGGGAACCCGUCUGCUGGAUGGACUCCACGGAGGACGAGGUUGCCGUUUGGACCUCCAUGAUUGAAAACCCGAACCACUGGAUCGACACGACACUACCAGUCAGAACUAACCUCUCACACCGAUCUGACUGACUCUGACACAUCCUGCACAGAAACAGGCCUUUUAAUGCAAUAGCUGGACUCUAACUGCCUCUCUUUCACAGUUGCUGACUUGACUUGCGCUCAUAAACAAGUCCGUCUGUAGUAGUGCAAUAUUUUGACUCAUGCUUAUGUUAGAAAUUCUUGAUCAAAAUCAAGUGCAAGUUAAGUGUUUUGUUUGUAUGUUUUAGUUACGUCUAAUCUGAAGAAGAGGGUUUUAUUUUAAUUCGUUGCAGUUUAUUAUUAAAUACAACUGACAGAUCAUGUGUUGUUCUGGUUUAUGUUCUGUUAUUAAAUUGUUUGGAAAGGAUUUGUUUAGAAAUACUGCAUAUAUUAAACAAUGGAGUAGUUUCCAAUAAUUGUUCGA